AUGGCUGACUUGUCAGAGAUAAUGACGGCGAAUCCUGCAAAAUAUCAAGAGGAACUCAUCAAACGUCUCGAUGCCCUGAAGAGAAAAGAAACCUUCUGCGAUGUGACUGUUGCAGUAAAGGGCAAAGAAUUCAAAGCUCACAAAGUUGUGCUAGCUGCAGCAAGCCCGUUUUUCCUUUCACUUUGGGAAAGCAACAUGGUGGAAAGCAAUGAACAACGAAUCGAAAUCAAGCUUGAAGAGGCUACUGCUUCUGUCUUCGAAGACGUGCUGCAGUUUAUCUACACUGGAAAUGUUUCUGUGACCGAAGAAAGUUGCCACAAGUUGAUUGCCACGGCUGAUUAUCUUCUUUUACCGGGGUUAAAAACAUUGGCUUGUCGUUUCAUGCGAGACGAGUUGACGGUUCAAAACUGUGUUUUCACCUAUUAUUUUGCUGAAAAGUAUCAGUGUGAACAGCUUAAAUUGGCAUGUUGCGAAGAGAUUUGUUCAAAUUUCACUGACGUUAUGGAAACAGAAGAUUUUUUGAACCUUGACGUGAAACAAGUCAUGGAAUGGGUAUCUCGAGAUGACAUCAAAGUUGAUGCUGAGGAAGAAGUAUUUAUGGGAAUUGUCAAGUGGGUCUCUCAUAACAAACCUGAAAGGGAAGCCAGUUUUUUUGAGUUGUUGCGCCAAGUGCGCCUAAUUUCCAUAUCGAAAGUCUUUCUCCGCAACACAUUAGUGAAGCAGGAGCUUGUAACUACAAGUAAUGUCUGCUUAAACUUUGUGUUGGAAUCUAUUACUGACGAAAACACAAGUCUUUCCAAAGUACCAAGAAAAUGCCUUAUAUCACAAGUGGAAGCAAUUAUUGUGUGCGGUGGCAGGAAGGCAUUGUGUUAUCUUCCCGACAUAAAUGUUUGGUAUCAAUUGGCAAACAUGUCGUUUGAGCAUCGAGACCAUGCUGUCAUUCAAGAGCGGGAUAAGGUUUUCAUUUUUAGUAAACAAAAUUUUACAGAUAGUCUGUCCUAUGUAGUAGAGUACUAUGUGCCUUCCACAAACCUGUGGUGUUCUUUUCAAUCAGGCUUUGAGUAUAAUGAGCAAUUCUGUAGUGUGUUAGCAGUAAGUGGUUAUUCACCAUUGUAUGCUUUAACCAAUAAUGACUCUAUUCCUGAAAAUACAAUUUAUACAUUUGACAUUGAGAACAAUGAGUGGGAGUUACGAGGAGAAGAUGAGUAUAGGAAUCGAUGGGGGGCCUGUGCUGUGUCGCUGGGACAUUACCUUUACAUAAUAGGCGGUAGUUAUGAUGACACUACCACAAGAACUGGAAUAACUAAAGUGGAAAGAUUUGAUCCAAAUGAUGACAGUUUCCAAGAAGUUGCACCUAUGAAUAAAGCAAGGCAUGCUGCAUUUGGAGCAGCCAUGAAUGACAAGAUCUAUGUUGCAGGCGGAAUUCGAACAAGACACAGAAGUGGACUGCUUGACUCCUGUGAGGUUUAUGACCCAUCAACCGAUGAAUGGCAUCUGAUUGCAAGUCUCUGUGAACCACGCCAUUCAGCAAGCAUGGUCUGCUUCAACGGAGCUCUGUAUGUCAUUGGUGGUUUGAAGUUUACAGAUCGGGAAUUGUCAGUUGAAGUAUUUGAUUCUGAAACAAAUGAAUGGAGGGAGAAGAGCACCAUACCUGUCAGCCAAGUUGAAAGUGAAGAAGAGAGAAACAAACAGAUGGAUUUUAGGGCUUGUGCUGCAUCAGUUCAUCAAGAUGUGUUUUUGAGGCCUAUUUUGCCCUGAGCUGAGACAGUUGCAUGCUCUGUAAAGAUAGUGUGUUAAGUGCAAAUGCAUAAACUUUCAUGAUCACAAGACUAUAAAAUGCUUCAAAAAAGGAGCUGUGAGCAAUCUAGUAUUGAAGCACAAGUACUUUUCUGACCCUGAAAGUUUUCUUGACAAACUAUUAAUCUUGGAAACACUUCAAUACGAUAUAACAGUGCAGGGCUCAGUGCUUUCCUCUGAGAACAUUUUGCUGGAGCCCAAUGCUCUGUACAUGUGAAAUCUAAAGAGCCCAGUAUGUGUUUUGUUUUGUUCUGUUUUUCUUUUCUUAGUGAAAUUUCGAUUUCUUAGCCUUCCAAGUGCAAAACUUAAGCACCAGGGACCACCAAGCACUGCGAGAGCAUAACCCUGGUUGCUUUACAGCGAAAUUCGUUGUAUAUAUAUAUGUUAUAGUUAAUUUUUUAUUUCAGUUAAUUUUUAUUUUUCCAUUGUUUUGGGGUAUGGUAAUGUAUGCUAAUGAAUUUAAAACAAAGGAAAAACAAAAAUUAACUGAAAUUAAAAAUUAACUGCAACAUAUAUUUUAUAUUUUGGGUUUUUCUGCUCUGUCAAUCAUCUUAACGGACCUCCUAGGAAACACAUGUGUACUUGCACAAGUUCAAAAGGUCCUAGUUUGUGAUUGGCGGAUUUCAAUCCGUUUUGUUUACUUUGUGUUUCAAGGUUCAUUGCUUUGUGAUCGUCCUGUUUCAGGCAAUGAUGGACUAGUUAA